UAUUCUCUAACCUUUUUAUUAUUCACCGUCUGGCAUGGACUUAUGCAGUCUUUAAGUCUAAGUGGGGUGGUAAAAAAAUUUUAUGAAGUCAAGUAGCAGUAAGUUGACUGAUGUGGACACGUUUGUUACUGGGUACUUUCUGAUAUGCCUCGGAGACUCUGUUUGAUAUUUGUUUAUAUUGACAAAUUGUUGAUUUCUGUUAGCAUGCUAAAGUAACAUGCGUCAAGUACCAAAAUAUGACUGAGGUGUGUACAUACAAAAUUAGCUAAAAAUAAAUAACGUUACAUAUCAAUCGUCCGGUAAUAAAACUUUAGACGCGGAGAUGUGUACCUGUAAAAUUGGCAAAAGGGCUAGCAUGCUAAUGGUUGUGCCGUUAAAAAUCGUAAUAUUGGCAUGCUAAAAUGCUAGCAUUUUAAAAUGCUAGCAUUAGCAUGCUAACAGUAUGACGUUAACAAUAGUAUGAUUACAAAUGAAUUACCAAAAUAUGACACUGACACUAUAUGCUUGUGAAUUUGGUUAAAAAAAAAUCUUAAUAGCAUGCUAAAAUGCUAACCGUAACAUGCGUCAAGUACCAAAAUAUGACUGAGGUGUAAACAUACAAAAUUAGCUAAAGAAAUAAAUAACGUUACUUAUCAACCGUCCGGUAACAAAAUAUUAGACGCGGAGAUGUAUACCUGUAAAAUUAGCAACAACAAAAAAAAGCUAGCAUGCUAACAGUAUGAUGCUAACAAUAGUAUGAUUACAGAUAGCAUUAGUAUUACUACCAAAAUAUGACCCUGACAAUAUAUGCCUGUGAAUUUGGUUAAAUAAAAGCUAAUAUUAGCAUGCUAAAAUGCUAACCGUAACAUGCGUCUAAUGCUAAAAAAAAAAAAAAAAAAAAGGCUUGUAAAAUAACAUUAGGUAUAUAUCGUCCGGUACUAAAAUAUUAGAUGCGGAGAUGUAUACCUGUAAAAUUGGCAAAAGGGCUUGCAUGCUAACAGUUGUGCUGUUAAAAAUCGUAAUAUUGGCAUGCUAAAAUGCUAACUGCAACAUGCGUCAAGUACCAAAAAAAAAAGCUAGCAUGCUAACAGUAUGACGCUAACAAUAGUAUGAUUACAGAUCCAUCCAUCCAUCCAUUUCCUACCGCUUAUUCCCUUUCGGGGUCGCAGGGAUUACCAAAAUAUGACACUGACACUAUAUGCUUGUGAAUUUGGUUAAAAAAAAAAUCUUAAUAAUAGCAUGCUAAAAUGCUAACUGUAACAUGCGUCAAGUACUAAAAUAUGACUGAGGUGUAUGCAUACAAAAUUAGCUAAAAAAAUAAAUAAACAAAUAACGUUAUGUAUCAAUCGUCCGGUAACAAAAUAUUAGACGCGGAGAUGUAUACCUGUAAAAUUAGCAACAAAAAAAAGCUAGCAUGCUAACAGUACGAUACUAGCCCGCUCAAAUCUUAAAAUUAGCAUGCUAAAAUGCUACCUGUAACAUGCGUCAAGUACCAAAAUAUGACUGAGGCGUAUACAUACAAAAUUAGCUAAAGAAAUAAAUAACGUUACUUAUCAACCAUCCAGUAACCAAAUAUUAGACGCAGAGAUGUAUACAUGCAUAAUUAGCAACAAAAAAAAAGCUAGCAUGCUAACAGUAUGAUGCUAACAAUAGUAUGAUUACAGAUAGCAUUAGUAUUAUUACCAAAAUAUGACACUGACAAUAUAUGCCUGUAAACUUGGUUAAAAAAAAACAACUAAUAUUAGCAUGCUAUAAUGCUCACCGUAACAUGCGCCAAAAGCUAAAAAAAAAAAAAAAAAAAGCUUGUAAAAUAUAUAUCGUCCGGUACUAAAAUAUUAGAAUAUUAGAUGCGGAGAUGCAUACCUGUAAAAUUGGCAAAAGUGCUAGCAUGCUUACGGUUGUGCCGUUAAAAAUCGUAAUAUUGGCAUGCUAAAAUGCUAACUGCAACAUGCGUCAAGUACCCAAAAAAAAGCUUGCAUGCUAACAGUAUGACGCUAACAAUAGUAUGAUUACAGAUGAAUUACCAAAAUAUGACACUGACACUAUAUGGUUGUCAAUUUGGUUAAAAAAAAUCUUAAUAAUAGCAUGCUAAAAUGCAAAUUGUAACAUGCGUCAAGUACCAAAAUAUGACUGAGGUGUAUGCAUUCAAAAUUCGCUAAAAAAAUAAAUAAACAAAUAACGUUACGUAUCAAUCGUCCGGUAAAAAAAUAUUAGACGCGGAGAUGUAUACCUGUAAAAUUAGCACAAAAAAAAAAAGCUAGCAUGCUAACAGUACGAUGCUAACAAUAGUAUGAUUACAGAUAGCAUUAGUAUUAUUAGCAAAAUAUGACACUGACAAUAUUUGCCUGUAAACUUGGUUAAAAAAAAAAACAAUAUUAGCAUGCUAAAAUGCUAACUGUAACAUGCGCCAAAAGCUAAAAAAAAAACAAAGCUUGUAAAAUAACGUUAGGUAUAUAUCGUCCGGUACUAAAAUAUUACAUGCGGAGAUAUAUACCUGUAAAAUUGGCAAAAGGGCUAGCAUGCUUACGGUUGUGCCGUUAAAAAUCGUAAUAUUGGCAUGCUAAAAUGCUAACUGCAACAUGCGUCAAGUACCAAAAAAAAAGCUAGCAUGCUAACAGUAUGACGCUAACAAUAGUAUGAUUACAGAUGAAUUACCAAAAUAUGACACUGACACUACAUGGUUGUGAAUUUGGUUAGUAAAAAUCUUAAUAAUAGCAUGCUAAAAUGCUAACUGUAACAUGCCUCAAGUACCAAAAUAUGACUGAGGUGUAGGCAUUCAAAAUUAGCUAAAAAAAAUAAAUAAAUAACGUUACGUAUCAAUCGUCCGGUAACAAAAUAUUAGACGCGGAGAUGUAUACCUGUAAAAUUAGCAACAACAAAAAAAAGCUAGCAUGCUAACAGUAUGAUGCUAACAAUAGUACGAUUACAGAUAGCAUUAGUAUUAUUACCAAAAUAUGACACUGACAAUAUUUGCCUGUAAACUUGGUUAAAAAAAACAAAACAAUAUUAGCAUGCUAAAAUGCUAACUGUAACAUGCGCCAAAAGCUAAAAAAAAAAAAAAAAACAAAGCUUGUAAAAUAACGUUAGGUAUAUAUCGUCCGGUACUAAAAUAUUAGAUGCGGAGAUGUAUACCUGUGAAAUUGGCAAAUGGGCUAGCAUGCUUACGGUUGUGCCGUUAAAAAUCGUAAUAUUGACAUGCUAACUGCAACAUGCGUCAAGUACCAAAAAAAAAGCUAGCAGGCUAACAGUAUGACGCUAACAAUACUAUGAUUACAGAUGAAUUACCAAAAUAUGACACUGACACUAUAUGCUUGUGAAUUUGGUUAAAAAAAAAUCUUAAUAAUAGCAUGCUAAAAUGCUAACUGUAACAUGCGUCAAGUACCAAAAUAUGACUGAGGUGUAAACAUACAAAAUUAGCUAAAAAAAUAAAUAAACAAAUAACGUUACGUAUCUAUCAUCCGGUACCAAAAUAUUAGACGCGGAGAUGUAUACCUGUAAAAUUAGCCACAAAAAAAAAGCUAGCAUGCUAACAGUACGAUACUAGCUGGCUAAAAUCCUAAUAUUAGCAUGCUAAAAUGCUACCUGCAACAUGUGUCAAGUACCAAAAUAUGACUGAGGUGUAUACAUACAAAAUUAGCUAAAAAAAUAAAUAACGUUACUUAUCAACCGUCCAGUAACCAAAUAUUGGACGCGGAGAUGUAUAGCUGUAAAAUUAGCAACAACAACAAAAAAAAGCUAGCAUGCUAACAGUAUGAUGCUAACAAUAGUAUGAUUACAGAUAGCAUUAGUAUUAUUACCAAAAUAUGACACUGAGAAUAUUUGCCUGUAAACUUGGUUAAAAAAACCCAACUAAUAUUAGCAUGCUAAAAUGCUAACUGUAACAUGCACCAAAAGCUAAAAAAAAACAAAAACAAAGCUUGUAAAAUAAUGUUAGGUAUAUAUCGUCCGGUACUAAAAUAUUAGAUGCGGAGAUGUAUACCUGUAAAAUUGGCAAAAGGGCUAGCAUGCUAACGGUUGUGCCGUUAAAAAUCGUAAUAUUGGCAUGCUAAAAUGCUAACUGCAACAUGCGUCAAGUACCCAAAAAAAAAGCUAGCAUGCUAACAGUAUGACGCUAACAAUAGUAUGAUUACAAAAGAAUGACCAAAAUAUGACACUAUAUGCUUGUCAAUUUGGUUAAAAAAAAUCUUAAUAAUAGCAUGCUAAAAUGCUAACUGUAACAUGCUUGACGUACCAAAAUAUGACUGAGGUGUAUGCAUACAAAAUUAGCUAAAAAAAUAAAUAAACAAAUAACAUUACGUAUCAAUCGUCCGGUAACAAAAUAUUAGACGCGGAGAUGUAUACCUGUAAAAUUAGCAACAAAAAAAAGCUAGCAUGCUAACAGUACGAUACUAGCCGGCUAAACUCCUAAUAUUAGCAUGCUAAAAUGCUACCUGUAACAUGUGUCAAGUACCAAAAUAUGACUGAGGUGUAUACAUACAAAAUUAGCUAAAAAAAUAAAUAAAGUUACGUAUCAACCGUCCAGUAACCAAAUAUUAGACGCGGUGAUGUAUACCUGUAAAAUUAGCAACAACAAAAAAAGCUAGCAUGCUAACAGUAAGAUGCUAACAAUAGUAUGAUUACAGAUAGCAUUCGUGAAUUACCAAAAUAUGAGACUGACACUAUAUGCUUGUGAAUUUGGUUGAACUGUUUUUUUAAUAUUAGCAUGAUAAAACGCUAACUGUAACAUGCGUGUAAUGCGAAAAAAAAAAGCUUACAAAAUUACGUUACAGUAUCAAUCGUCCGGUACCAAAAUAUUAUACGCGGCGGUGUAUACCUGAAAAAUUGGCAAAAAGGCUAGCCGGCUAAAAUCUUAAUAUCAGCAUGCUAAAAUGCUACCUGUAACAUGUGUCAAGUACCAAAAUAUGACUGAGGUGUAUACAUACAAAAUUAGUUAAAAAAACAAAUAACGUUACUUAUCAAUCGUCCAGUAACCAAAUAUUAAACGCGGAGAUGUAUAGCUGUAAAAUUAGCAACAACAACAACAAAAAAGCUAGCAUGCUAACAGUAUGAUGCUAACAAUAGUAUGAUUACAGAUAGCAUUAGUAUUGUUACCAAAAUAUGACACUGGCAAUAUAUGCCUGUGAAUUUGGUUAAAUAAAAGGUAAUAUUAGCAUGCUAAAAUGCUAACCGUAACAUGCUAAAAUGCUACAAAAAAAAUAAAAAAUAAAAAAGCUUCUAAAAUAACGUUAGGUAUAUAUCGUCCGGUACCAAAAUAUUACAUGCGGAGAUGUAUACCUGUAAAAUUGGCAAAAAGGCUAGCAUGCUAAUGGUUGUGCCGUUAAAAAUCCUAAUAGUAGCAUGCUAAAAUGCUAACUGUAACUAGGUCAAGUACCAAAAUAUGACUGAGGUGUGUACAUAAAAAAUUAGCUAAAAAAAAAUCACGUUACGUAUCAAUCGUCUGGUAACAAAAUAUUAGACGCGGGGAUGUAUACCUCUAAAAUUAGCAACAACAAAAAAAGCUAGCAUGCAAACAGUACAAUGCUAACAAUAGUUUGAUUACAGAUAGCUUUCGUGAAUUACCAAAAUAAAACACUGACACUAAAUGCUUUGGUUGAACUUUUUUUUAAAUAUUAGCAUGCUAAAACGCUAACUGUAACAUGCGUCUAAUGCUAAAAAAAAAUAAAGCUUGCAAAAUUACGUUACAGUAUCUAUAGUCUGGUACCAAAAUAUCAUACGCGGCGGUGUAUACCUGUAAAAUUGGCAAAAAGGCUAGCCGGCUAAAAUCUUAAUAUUGGCAUGCUAAAAUGCUACCUGUAACAUGUGUCAAGUACCAAAAUAUGACUGAGGUGUAUACAUGAGAAAUUAGCUAAAAAAAUAAACAACGUUACUUAUCAAUCGUCCAGUAACCAAAUAUUAGACGCGGAGAUGUAUACCUGUAAAAUUAGCAACAACAACAAAAAAAAAGCUAGCAUGCUAACAGUAUGAUGCUAACAAUAGUAUGAUUACAGAUAGCAUUCAUAUUAUUACAGAAAUAUGACACUGCCACUAAAUGCCUGUGAAUUUGGUAGAAUUUUUUUUUUUAAUAUUAGCAUGCUAAAACGCUAACUGUAACAUGCGUCUAAUGCUAAAAAAAUAAAGCCUGCAAAAUUGCGUUACAGUAUCUAUAGUCUGGUACUAACAUACGCGGCGGUGUAUACCUGAAAAAUUGACAAAAAGGCUAACAUGCUAACGGUUAUGCUGUUAAAAAUCUUAAUAUUAGCAUGCUAAAAUGCGAACUGUAACUAGGUCAAGUACUAAAAUAUGACUGAGGUGUAUACAUACAUACAAAAGUUGCUAUAAAAUAAAUAACUUUACAUAUAAAUUGUCCGGUAAAAAAAAUAUUUGAAAAUAUUUAACGUUUUUUUUGUUAAAAAUGAACUUCCGGUUGUAUUUUGGACACCUCUGAGCCGAAGUAAAACCUCAUAAACAACGAUACUUUAUUAGAUAUUUGCGACGGAUUACCUUUGUGUUCGCUUAAAGGUAAAUGUACUUUUAAUACUCAAAUAUUUAUGUCAUUAUUCACAACGUGAACGCCCGCGGACGUCACGCCUGGACUCUCCAGUUUAAAAGUCCACAGCGGCCUCUGCUGGCAAAGUGGCGUUUUUCACCGGAAGUGGCUGUAUCCAUGGGAACCAUCUGCCACAAACUUGUAUUCUCGGCGUGCAAACAUGAGCAAAGACUCGGGUCGGCACGACUUGGCGCGUCUCCGCGUCGAACUGGAGCAAGAACGAGAAAUAAAAGACAUGCUGGAGGAGUCCGUGCGGGACUUGGGCUGCACCAUGAAGGAGCUGCAAGACCGGCUGCACGGUGUGGACCGGGAAGACAACGAGUGGAAGACCAGAUACGAAACCCAGACCGAAGUCAACGCGCAGCUGCAGAGGCAGACCUCGCUGGUCCACGAACGACUGGAAGACCUGCGCGGCAAGCCAAUGGACCGCCUGGCGUCCAUCCGAUCCUAUGACGACAUGCCGACGGAGGCUCUGAGACAACGCCUCAAGCUGCUGACGGACGAGAAGUCACAGCUCCGCAGUCAGUUGAUGGACUAUCGGGUCAGGAUCGAGCAGGAGGGGAAGGCCUUCCACAGGACCAACGACGAGAGGCGGGCCUACCUGUCCGAAAUUGCCAAGCUGUCCUCCACUGUGGAGGCCCAGAGGAGGCAGUACUCCAUGCCGCCACAGAGGGCGCCAGAGAGCCAACCCAGGUGAGUGAGGUGCGUUCAAUGUUCCAACACAAGGACGUUGGGCCGCACGCUAUUAGAUUCUUCAGGGUAACGAUUCCACUCAGAAUCGAUUCUCCAUUUAAUAAAACGAUUCUUGAUUCAAAAUCAAUACUUUUUUUUUUAAUAACAUUGGGUGUCAGUUCUAGGAUGAACUACAUUCUUUCAUAAAUUAGAUCAACAACUCUGAUAGAUUGUUGAAUGCAAUUAUACCCAAACAUUUAAUAAAGUGA